GCACGACGAAGCCACCGAUGAGGAGGACGACGGCUAAGACAUACAUACCGUCGGUUUUUUACUCCCACCGCUCUGUGCCCAGAGACAAGUCGUGGCCAACCCAUAGGCUUAGCGAAGUUGCGCUGCUUAGGUCGACGAGAAAGAAACCAUAAGAAAAAGCUUGUAUUCUCUUAAUUAAGAGAGAGAGAGAGAGAGAGAGAGAGAGAUCUUAGACAUUUGAUGUUUCGUCACACCCCCGUCAUCUCCCCUGGCCUCGUCCCCCGCGCCGCAUCGGGAAUCGCACUGGCAACGAGCCCCGAUGAAUUUAUUCGUCUCCCCACCCACCCACCUUACGAUUCGCCUUCCACUUGCCUCUCCCCCUGUUUUUCUCUGCCCACAAACUUGAUCUCAUCAGGCGCUCAUGGCGAGGAGGCUGCAGAAGCGGAUCCACGUGCGGAGGUUGGGUCCGGCGACGAGGGUGGCGGAGCCAAGGGCCCUGCUGUCUCUAGCAGUGGUGCCGCUGGCUCUGAUCGAGCCGAAAUCGCCGGCGGCGCACAGGGAGAUGCGUCGGGUGGUGCGGGAGAGUUUCCCCAUUCGCAGCGAGUGGGGCGACAUCCACCUUCAGGUGAUCAAGCAUGCGACCUUUGCGGAGAGAGGGCGCUUCAUCGGCGACGAGGGAGCGGACGAGGUGGAGCUCCUAUUCUGGGCUAUCCAGGAGGCCAAAUCGGAGAUCCCAGAGCAAGCGGCCCCGUGGGCGUACUUCCGGACAGCAAAUCCAUCGCGGCUCAACAUCAGGCUGCCGCGGGUGGAAGCGCUUUCCAGCAUCCCGCUGGAGGAGCUGCCGCCGGGGGUGCUGCCUCCUGCUCGUCAGUGACUCGCUAGGUGCUACUGCGGCGGAACGCCAUUGAAGCCCCUCCAUGGGGCAAAAAUGGCGAAGCAUUCGCUGCAUCAUGGACCUGGUGGGAGGGCUGGUGAGGCAAUGGAAGAUUUUGUGCUCCGACACUCAGGAUGUGCUUCUUCUUCGAUGUUUAAGGCUUUUGGAUCGGCGAAGAGGGGAGCUGCUUAGAAUAGCCUGGGUUAUGUGAAUUUUGCUGAACUAUGUGUUCUCUGUUUAUCUGUUUGAAUGCUCCAGUCUUGGGCAGUUUAUCUGUUUCGUUUUGUAAUAGGAGUAGUUGGCUUGUUCUUCUGUGGCAGCUACUUUUGGCUGUUGCCGAACGCUGUACAAUGUCUUGGUACGCUGGUUUCGCCUUUGCUUUUUAAUAAAAGUUGGGGCAGGGGGGAAACCCCUAUCUUUCGAAAAA